UCGGGUCGGUUCCUUUCGGGUCUGGAUCUAUUCGGGUCGGUUCCUUUCGGUUUCAAGUCUAUUCGGAUAAAAAAAUUUAGACCAAAAAAAUACUUGUAAAUUUUUGUUCCGGUUCAGAUUUUUGGGUCCAUGUUAAAAUACCUAGGCCUAUUCACGCCAUUUCAAUAGUUCCGAGGCUUCUCCAUGAAUAUUUAUUUUCCGAAUGUUAUUAAAUACUUCGUUAUUUAUUUCAUUUUCAUCAGGCCAACUAGGAAAUAUCAAAUCACUUCUCUCAUCACGUGCAUUAACUACGCUUUAUAACUACGCUUAAUAUAAAAUAUUCAUGUAUAUAUAGAUAGGAAGUUGCGCCAUAUGGCACAAAAUCAACCGUCACAAGCUACGUACAUGCUCUGUAUCUUACCAGUUACAAGAGCUCCAAUAUCGCAUUUUUCCAUUCUUGCAUCCUAAAGAAAAAGGAAACUUUUAACCCUAAUCCAAAGUUCGUAUCUCUAUAAAAGGAAACCUUGGGUGACACUUCUCUCAGAAACCCUAUAAAAAAACUCAUAUACUUUGUUCUUCCCAAGAGUCUCAGAGAUUCGCUUCAAUGGAGUGGGUUCGUGGAGAAACAAUUGGAUACGGAACGUUUUCAACUGUCAGCCUAGCGACGCCGUCAGAUUCCGGCGGUUUCCCGCCUCUUAUGGCAGUGAAAUCGGCGGACUCUUACGGCGCCACCUCCCUCGUAAACGAGAAGUCGGUGUUGGAUUCACUCGGAGACUGCCCUGAGAUCGUACGCUGUUACGGCGAGGAUCAAACGGUUGAGAAAGGAGAGAAGUUGCAUAACUUGCUAUUGGAGUAUGCUUGGAGAGGAAGCUUAGCGACGCAACUAAUGAAACUAAACGGCGAGGGUUUACCGGAAUCCACCGUGCGCCGCCACACAGGAUCCUUGCUCAGAGGAUUACGUCACAUCCACUCGAGAGGGUUCGCUCACUGCGAUAUAAAACUCGGGAAUAUUCUGUUAUUCGACGACGGCGCCGUUAAGAUUGCGGAUUUCGGUUUGGCGAGAGAUUUAACGGUGUCAAAAGAAGGCGUGGAGAUCAGAGGGACGCCGUUGUAUAUGGCGCCUGAAUCCGUUAACGAUAACGUGUACGGAACAGCUGCUGACGUGUGGGCGUUAGGAUGCGCCGUAGUGGAGAUGUCUAGCGGAAAAACGGCGUGGAGUGUUGAAGAAGGGUUGAACUUCAUGUCGCUUUUGAUACGAAUCGGUGUCGGGGACGAGUUGCCGAAGGUUCCAGAGGACUUGUCGGAAGAAGGAAAAGACUUCUUGUCGAAGUGUUUCGUUAAAGAUCCCGAGGAAAGAUGGACGGCCGAGAUGCUUUUAAACCAUCCUUUCGUAGCCGUCGAUUGUGAAGACAAUGGUCAACGGGAAGACUUAUUUGUGGAGGUGAAAGAAAAAGUAUCAACGUCGCCGAGAUGCCCGUUUGAAUUUUCCGAUUGGGAACCUAUCGCGUCGGAAUCAGUCAUGCAAUAUCAGCCGUUGGAUUCUCCGGUGGAGAGAUUUGAGAGCCUGGUUAGUGAAUCGAUCCCUAAUUGGUCCAUCGCACAAGGCUGGGUCACCGUACGGUGACGGGAGUGAUAGAGAAACAGGGGAAAAUAGAGUUGUUGACAAAGGCUAGGUUAUUUUUGUUACACCUAGUUGGAUCCAAAUUCAACGAUUCUUAUUCAAUUUAUUAACAUGUAAUGUGUUUGUUAAUAUGAACAAUUCAUUGUAGUCUUAACGUAUCAUUGAUGUUUUUUGUUACUAUUCUAUCAAGAAUUAAGUCAAGAAAUCAAAGAGCUCGUUAAUACAUAUAUCAUAGUCAAAAUCUCAAUGUAAUUAGUCAUCAAACCUUACGACUAUAUCUUAUGGAAUGCGAGCAAUAAGAUGAAGUUAAACAGUAGGGAAUCCGAUAUUCAACGCUGAGUAUGGACUUGUUGUCACAAGAUACUAAGACAAGAUUCUUACAUCUUCGUGUCUUCUUGUGUGCUGUGCGGUACCAGGAAGUUUCUGACUAUGAACUAGUGAGCAUGAACCAAGCAGGUUUGGGCUUUG